AUGUCGGUGACGGUGGAGAUUGUCGACGAAGAUUCUGGGGAAAUUCAAGUAGCCGAAAAAAGAACGGAAAUCGAGGAUGUUAAACCAAACGCAAAUGCUCUAGAAGACAACGUCGUGAGCAGCGACGAAACAACAACGACUAUAGGAAAUAAAAUCGAGAACGCUCCAGUUAAGGAGAAAGAUAGGAAGAACCUAGACAUCUAA